AUGGGUUCCACUUGUUGUCAUACUAAAUUCUAGAGUUCAUCAUAUGGUAAAAUGAUUAUGUUAACAAUAGCAGAAUUAUGUUUAGAAUAAGGAUCGAGUGCACUGAUUUUAUAGAAACAAAGUUUUUCAUAAUAAGAGUUGAAUUAGAUGGUAGCACCACUCCCAUUAGGAAAGGAAUCACCAAUACCAACAAAACUAGAAGCUAUGAAAUAAUAGAUUCAUUUAUUAAAAUUGGAGUCUAUUGAAGUUGGAAAUGAGUUAAUAGAAGUGUAAGAAAAUACACCAGAUGAUGAAAUUGAUCUUACAAGAAAAGUAUCAAUUGAUAGUGAAUUACAAAAUAUCAAUAAUAAGGAAAUUCUGAGCCCUAAUCAUAAAGAAACUAACCUAUUACAAUUAAGUCCUAUUAAAUUAGAUUCUGCCUUUAAUUUACCUUAACAAUCUCCUUCUCCAUAAAAGAAAAAUUGUAGGAGAAAAGAAUCAUUAAGUGUAGAAUAAUAUAAUAAUACAACUUUUACUUCACCUCGUAUUUACACAACAAAUAGAUAGAUUUAAGACUAAAGUGCUAGUCCAACUAAAAAAUCAAUAGGAUCUAUGAGUUCUUUAACUAUUAGAAUGGGUGUUGAAUUAUUUAUUAACUUAAAGAAGGGUUCUAUAAAUAAGGUAUAUGCGUUUGGAUAAGUACUUGGAUAGGGAGCCUUUGGAAAAGUAUGGAAAGUCACUCAUAAAACAACUGGUAAGAUUAUAUAAUUUAAAUUAGGUUUGAUAAGAGCGAUGAAACAGAUAAAAAAAUCUGAAUUAAUAAAAGAGGAUGAAUAAAAGUUAUUUUAAGAGAUGCAUAUAUUAAAAAACUUAGAUCAUCCUCAUAUUGUUAAAUUAUAUGAAUUGUAUCAAGAUUAAACUAAUUAUUAUAUGAUAACUGAAUAUUUGUCAGGUGGAGAACUAUUUGAGAGAAUAAAGAAAAUGUAAGUUUUUACAGAAAAAAGAGCAAGUGAAUUAAUACUUUAAAUACUACUUGCUAUCAAUUAUUGUCAUGAAUAAAAAAUUGUUCAUAGAGAUUUAAAACCAGAGAAUAUUCUUUUUUCAGGUCCUGAACCAUAACAAAAUCUUAAAAUUAUUGAUUUUGGAUGUUCUCGUAGAUUUAAUACAUCAAAAAUGACUAAAAGAAUGGGAACUGUAUAUUUAAUUAUUAUAUCAAUAGCCUUAUUAUAUAGCACCUGAAGUUUUAGGUUAAAAUUAUACAGAAAAAUGUGAUAUUUGGUCAUGUGGAGUAAUUCUAUAUAUUCUGUUAUGUGGAUAUCCUCCAUUUACAGGUAAAAACGAAUAAGAAAUCUUUGAAAAAGUUAAAUUAGGUAGAUUGAAAUUUCCAAGUAUUUUCUAUUAAUACUUUAGAUGAGGAAUGGGAUCUAAUUUCAAAAGAAGCUAAACAUUUAAUUUAAAAGAUGAUUUAAGUGGAUGUAAAUCUUAGAUAUUCUGCAUCAUAAGUUAUGAGUGAUCCUUGGUUCUAAAAACAUGCAAUUAAUUAGCCAAUUAAUAAAAAGGUGUUAGAUAAUUUAUCUAAAUUUUAAGCAACCAGUGAAUUUAGAACAGCUAUUGUUUAAUAUAUAGUAUCUUAAAUGACGAAUCAUAAAGAAAUUGAAGAUUUAUAAAAUACUUUCUAAUGUUUAGAUAUAAAUAGAGAUGGAGUUAUAAGUAAAGAGGAACUAAUUGAAGGAUAUAAGAAAAUUAUUAAAAGUUAAGAGUAAGCUGAAUAAUAAGCUGAAAGAAUUUUGGAAGAAAUUGAUAAAAAUUUAUCAGGAUAAAUUGAUUAUAGUGGUAUAUUAUUCUAUAAUUCCUUAGAAUUUAUCAUGGCAUCAAUUAAUCAAUCUAAAAUCAUUUCGUAAAAAAAGAUUGAAUAAGCAUUUCGCAUAUUUGAUUUAGAUGGUGAUGGAUAUAUAACAAAAUAGGAAUUAGAAGAUGUAAUGGGUACAUUAAAUUAAGAUGUUUGGUAAUUAUUUCUAUAAGAAACUGAUCAUAAUAAAGAUGGAAAGAUUUCGUAUUAAGAAUUUUUAAAACUAUUUUUUUGA